AUGGUCCCCCCACGUGUCAAAAACCGGGCAGAAUAUGGGACUUUCAGACCGGCCAAUAGAAACCCGCCAUCUCCCCCCUUCCCUCUAUAUAUUCGCACUCACAGCAUCAGGCAAUUAGUCUCAGUAAUCGAGAUGGCGAGGAGCGUCGGGGAGCUGCCGGAGGAGUGCCUGAGCCACGUCGUGUCGCUGACGUGCCCGCGGGACGCGUGCCGGUCGUCCGCCGUGUGCGGGGCGUUCCGCGACGCCGCGGAUUCGGACCUGACGUGGGAGAAGUUCCUGCCGUCGGAUUACAGGGAGAUCGUCUCGAGGUCGGUCUGCCCGCCGGAGUUUGUCUCUAAGAAGGAGCUGUUCGAGAAGCUCUCCGCCGCCCCGCUGCUCAUCGAUGGCGGCAACAAGACAUUUUGUGUGGACAAAUACACAAACAAGAGAUGUUACAUGUUAAGUGCAAGGGAGCUUUCAAUCACUUGGUCCUCCAAUCCCCUUUGCUGGUGCUGGAAACCCACCCACAUGUCCAGAUUUCCGGAGUCCAUCGAGCUCAUAUCGGUGUGUAGGCUCGAAAUACUCGGGAAAUUCGACACUCGGAUGCUUUCCCCAAACACGACUUAUGGAGCCUAUCUCGUUUUUCAGAUGACGAGUCGUGCUUUUGGGUUGAGCGCCUCGCCCUUUGAGGUCUCGGUUGAAGUCGGGGACUGUAAAAAAACGGGCAGAUUUUACCUGAAGCAGGACGAGUGCAAGGGGCAGGAGGAGUCUGACGUGUCGCCCGGGGCCCUCAGCCCACGUGGCGACGGCUGGUCGGAGGUUGAAUUAGGGGAGUUCUACGUUGGUGGUGGGGCCCAAAAAGAGGUGAAGAUGGAAUUUAAAGAAGUCAAGAGCGAGCACCUUAAGGGAGGGCUUCUCGUUGAUGGCAUUGAGCUCAGGCCAAAGCAUUUCUUCUAA